AUAAAUAAAUAGGUUACUUGAUUCGUAUUCCUUAUUGGAUCCCAAGUUCACGUUGAGGUUGGUGUAGAGCUUUACAUUUGAUUUUAACGUGCAAAAGGUCAGUUCUAGUGGGUUUAUUUCAAUUUCAGUUGGGGCUGGAGGCAAUAAAAUGAAAUCUACAAGUGUUGCCUCCGUAGGAAUAGUUCCUGAAGUACUGAACUUUGACAACUACGACAGAUGGAGUGUUUUUAUGGAAAAUUAUCUGAAGGGGCAGGAUCUUUGGGACGAUGUGUUUAUGCCCUCGAGCAGAAUUCUUGGUGGUGAUAUUGAGCAAGGUCUCGGGGUGGACAAAACAGAGUAUUCAAUGAAGAUAAAGGAUGCAAAAGCUUUGCAUAUCAUUCAAAUAUCAUGUGGACGACUCAUUCAAGACGAACUCUUUCAUUUCCGAAGUGCAAAAAUGGCAUGGUUACACUUGCGAAGUAGAUACGGCAAUAUUUCAAGUGAACUACAUACAUUCAGCCAUGAAGUUAUAUUGGACAAUAGCUUUGGUGAUCGAAAUGGAGAAAUAUUCAGGAAGGUUGAGAGAGGUGAUUAUAUUGAAAACAUCAUUAAUUUGAUGUCAACUGACCUAUUUAUGACCUCAUCAACAUCAGGUAGAACACUUCUUCACGUUGCAGUAAUUGCUGGAAAUGUGGAGAAUGUGAAAAUAUUAAUGAAAAAAGGGAAGGAAAGGUUACUACUCAUGCAAGAUAAAGAUGGUGACACAGCUCUUUCGCUUGUUGCUCGUUAUACCGGAAACACCAAUAUGGCAAAGUGUUUGUUAGAAACAAAAAAUGGACCUCAUGAAUGCCUUCUAGAAAGGAAGAACAAGGAAAAUAUUAUCCCUAUUCUUAUGGCUGCUGCUAAGGGACACAAAGAACUCACUACCUAUCUUUACUCCAAAACCCGGACUAAAGUGUUCGAUGGAAUCUAUUCAGAAAACCGUAUUUUGCUUUUUUCACUAUGUAUCACGGCUGAAAUAUUUGAUGUGGCUUUGAGAUUACUCAAGCGUUACGAAGAGCUACCCAGGGAAUCAUUAUCAUUAUACAACUUCUCCGUCCCAAAGUUGUUGAGGGAAUCAUUAUCAUUACCUAUCCAAAACUUAGACCUGGAUUUAAUCUUGCAACGCUACCCUGAUAAAUUCUCAGCGUUAGUAGCAUUAGCCAAAAUGCCUUCCUUAUUCCCAAGUGGCAGCCAAUUCGGACUUCGAGAAAAAUUAAUUUACAACAUUUUAAGCGUAGAAAUGGAAAUUACUGACAACUAUGGGUUUCAUGAUAGUGCGAGAUUCGUACGGUUGGUUACAAGCGAUGUGGAAAGAAGUCUACCCAAGACUUCUACAAAAUGUUGGUCAAUAUCUUACUUUUUCAGACAAGUUUUGAAUAUUUUGUUUCUGCCUGUAAACGUAUUGGGUCGACUACUUUGGUUAUUGGCAUAUAUGUCGGUUCAUAUUUUCAAAUAUCUAAAUAUCUUUGGUAUCAGGAAAAUAUAUGACCAAAAAUAUACCCAUUAUGAAGUUUUACUUAUAUUGAGUCAACUGUGUACGGUUAUUAAAGAGUUUAAUUAUUCAGAGCUCAGGGAGGCUUCAACAUAUGAAGCCAUGUUGCAUGCAGCACAAAAUGGAAUAAUUGAGUUCAUAAAUGCAAUGAAGGAUGUUAAUCCUGAUCUUUUGUCAGCCAUCGAUAACAGACAUAGAGGCAUAUUUUGGUACGCAAUUGUGAAUUGCAGACAAAAUGUUUUCCGACUCAUAUAUUCUCUUAAUGGAUCGCGGAAGGAUAUGAUUCUCAAUGGCAUAGACGCUUUUGGCAAUAACUUGUUGCACACGACAGCACAGUUAGGCUCUUCAUCUGACAGUUAUAACAGAUCUGGUGCUGCUCUGCAAAUGCAAAAUGAAAUUCAAUGGUUCAAGGCUGUGGAGGAGCUUAUGCAUCCGAUGUUCAGGGAAGCAAAAAAUGUAGAUGGUAAGAAGCCUUAUGAGCUAUUUACUGGAAAUCACGAGGAGCUAGUGAAAGCUGGGGAGAAAUGGACAAAAGAGAUAGCUAGCUCUUAUACAGCGGUGGCUUCUCUCAUACUUACUAUCAUGUUUGCUGCGGCCUUCACUAUCCCGGGUGGAAACAAUCAAGAAACUGGGACUCCCAUUUUCUUGCAUGAGAAGAUAUUUAAUAUGUUUAUCAUAGCCGAUGCAGUUGCUAUCUUCACUUCUGCCUCUUCAGUCUUGGUAUUCAUUGGGAUUGUCACAUCGCGUUAUGCUGAACAGGAUUUCCUCAAGGUCUUGCCUUUGAAGUUAGUACUCGCCCUUGUGCUCCUUCUUCUCUCUGUCUGCUCCAUGAUGGUUGCAUUUUAUGCUGCGCUUAAUGUGAUCUUAAAGGGGAAUCACACCGGCAGCUCUAGGUGGUUCGUUCUAGGACCCAUCUUGUCUCUUGGCAGUGUUCCAGUUAUCAUUCUUCUAAUAUCUCAGCUAAGCUUCAUCUACAAGAUUUUACAUUCUACAAUAAAAAAUCCCAUUAGUUCUAUUUAAAAAGGAAUAAUACAUGCUAGAAAAGAUAUUUCAAUAAAAGAACGCGAGUGAUCAUUAACACUUUUUUUGGUAUCAAUCCUCUGGUUCCCGGGGAAAGGGGGUCCGAUAAUCAAGAAUUUGGCCGCGAGGUAAGUAAAAUUUGGUCAAGAAUUUUCCCAUUGAAAAUCGAGUGAUCAUUGACACUUUGGCAAGUGAAUAAUGUUUUUUAAUAUGUCCUUCUAUGACCAUUCGUAAAGUUUGUAUGUAUAAUAAUCAUGUUUCACGUAUUCUUAUACAUGUAUUAUUACUCUCUAUCUCAUUUUAUUUGUGUUUAAAAUUGUGUGUAAGGGUUGUUUUAUGAUUUUUCUUUUUACAUUAAAAAUAAUUUCAUUAAUAAAAGCAGACACAAAAGCCAACAAGAAUGCAGAAAUUCAA